AGAGCCGCGGGGGCGGGGGUGCUGCGGGCUGUGGGGCUGGGCGAUGCCUCGGGGGCGCCAUGGACCCGCGGCAGGAGUGUUCUCUCAACAGAUACCACCCCCAUCCAUUUCAAGGCUAUAAGCACAGCAAGCUGAGACACCAGCAGCUGGGGCCUAGAUCUUACCCUAAUAGUUUCCAGCUCAAGCAAAUAGAGUUUCUCAAGGGACGUCUCCCAGAAGUACCCCUGACCAGAACGCAGACAUCAUCACUGCCACCGUUCCUCACAGGAUUUUGGCCAAGACUUCCAGAACCACCUACCAUAGGCAGGCAACUGGAGAUCCAGGGUGUCAGCAGGGACGUGCCUCUCAGAAGUCAGGGGUUCCAGAGAGGGUUCCAGCAUCCUUCACCGCGAGGCAGGAUUCUGCCGUGGAGAGGUGUCGAUAGGCUUUCCUCACAUUUCCAGGAACUGAACAUCAGCCAGGAUCAGGAACAAAGGAUCUUAGAGCUCUUGGAGAAGCUUGGAGAAGGAAAGGCCACCACAGCACAUGAUCUGGCCAGGAAGCUUGGGGCCCCAAAGAAGGAAAUCAAUCAAGUUUUAUACUCUCUGGCAAAGAAGGGUAAGCUACAUCGGGAGGCAGGAACACCCCCUUUGUGGAGAAUUGUGGUCUCAGUUCAGGCCUGGAACCAGCACAGCAGAGUAGUGAAACCAGUCAGUCAUAGCCAGGGAGCCCCAAACUCAGACCCCACUUGGGAAACUGAAGACAAAAGUGACACAUCUGGCUCAGAAGAUCCCCCUGAGCCUUUCAACAUGGCUGAGAUCAAGGAAAAAAUCUGCGACUACUUGUUUAAUGUGUCUGACUCCUCUGCUCUGAACGUGGCUAAAAAUAUUGGCCUCAGCAAGGCCCGAGAUGUAAAUUCUGUGCUAAUUGACUUGGAGAGGCAGGGGGAUGUCUACAGGCAAGGGACAACCCCUCCCAUAUGGUAUUUGACAGACAAGAAGCGAGAGAGGAUGCAAAUCAAAAGGAAUGUGAAUAGUAUCACCGAAACCACUCCAGCUGCUAUCCCUGAGACCAGAAGAAACACAGAGCUCCCCACCUCUAACUUACCCACAUCAGCCUCAAAUAAUGUAACCACAGUAAAAGUGGAGAAUGGGCAGGAACCUGUCAUAAAGUUAGAAGGUAGGCAAGAGGCCAGACCAGAACCAAUAAAACUGAAGCCACCUGUUUAUCACAAUGGCCCUUCAAAAGCAGGGUAUGUUGACUUUGAAAAUGGCCAAUGGGCCACAGAUGACAUCCCAGAUGACUUGAAUAGUAUCCACGCACCACCAGGUGAGUUUCGAGCCAUCAUGGAGAUGCCCUCCUUCUACAGUCAUGGCUUGCCACGGUGUUCACCCUACAAGAAACUGACAGAGUGCCAGCUGAAGAACCCCGUCAGCGGGCUGUUAGAGUAUGCUCAGUUCGCUAGUCAGACCUGUGAGUUCAAACUGAUGGAGCAGAGUGGACCACCCCAUGAACCUCGAUUUAAAUUCCAGGUCGUUAUCAGUGGCCGAGAGUUUCCCCCAGCUGAAGCUGGCAGCAAGAAAGUGGCCAAGCAGGAUGCAGCUAUGAAAGCCAUGACAAUCCUGCUUGAGGAAGCCAAAGCCAAGGACAGUGGGAAAUCCGAAGAAUCAUCCUGCUGUUCCACGGAGAAAGAAUCAGAGAAGACUGCAGAGUCCCAGCCCACCACCCAUUCAGCAACAUCCUUAUUUUCUGGGAAGAGCCCUGUCACUACACUGCUUGAAUGUGUGCACAAACUGGGGAGCUCCUGUGAAUUCCGUCUCCUGUCCAAAGAAGGCCCUGCCCAUGAACCCAAGUACCAAUACUGUGUUGCAGUGGGAGCCCAAACUUUCCCCACUGCAAGUGCCCCCAGCAAGAAAGUAGCAAAGCAGAUGGCAGCAGAGGAAGCCAUGAAGGCCCUGCAAGAGGAGGCAACAUCUUCUGAUAACCAGCCAGGAGAUACGAACAUGGAAUCACUUGAUAACUUGGAAUCUGGGAUGCCCAGCAACGUCAGGAGGAUUGACGAGCUCGUCAGAUACCUGAACACCAACCCUGUGGGCGGCCUAUUAGAGUAUGCCCGCUCCCAUGGCUUUGCUGCUGAAUUCAAGUUGAUUGAUCAGUCCGGACCUCCUCACGAGCCCAAGUUUGUUUACCAAGCAAAAGUUGGGGGUCGCUGGUUCCCAGCCGUCUGCGCGCACAGCAAGAAGCAGGCCAAGCAGGACGCGGCGGAUGCGGCUCUCCGUGUGUUGAUUGGGGAGAACGAGAAGGCAGAACACAUGGGUUUCACAGAGCUUCCUCUCACAGGCAGCACCAUCCAUGACCAGAUAGCCAUGCUGAGCCACCGGUGCUUCAACACUCUCACGAACAGUUUCCAGCCCUCCUUGCUUGGCCGCAAGAUCCUGGCUGCCAUCAUUAUGAAGAAAGACUCCGCGGACAUGGGUGUCGUGGUCAGCCUGGGGACAGGGAAUCGCUGUGUGAAAGGAGAUUCUCUCAGCCUAAAGGGAGAAACCGUCAAUGACUGCCAUGCAGAAAUCAUCUCCCGGAGAGGCUUCAUCAGGUUUCUCUACAGCGAAUUAAUGAAAUACAACCCCCAGACUGCAAAAGAAAGCAUAUUUGAGCUUGCUAUAGGAGGAGAAAAGCUCCAAAUUAAAAAGUCUGUGUCGUUCCAUCUCUAUAUCAGCACCGCUCCAUGUGGAGAUGGUGCCCUCUUUGACAAGUCCUGCAGCGACCGUGCUGUGGAAAGCACAGAUUCCCGCCACUACCCUGUCUUUGAGAAUCCCAAACAAGGCAAGCUCCGCACCAAAGUAGAGAACGGGGAAGGCACAAUCCCUGUGGAGUCGAGUGACAUUGUGCCUACGUGGGAUGGCAUUCGGCUCGGGGAGAGACUCCGUACCAUGUCCUGUAGUGACAAAAUCCUACGCUGGAACGUCUUGGGCCUGCAAGGGGCACUGUUGACCCACUUCCUGCACCCCGUUUAUCUCAAAACUGUCACUCUGGGUUACCUUUUCAGCCAUGGGCAUCUGACCCGUGCUAUUUGCUGUCGUGUGACACGAGAUGGGAAUGCAUUUAAGGAUGGACUACGGCAUCCCUUUAUUGUCAACCACCCUAAGGUUGGCCGAGUCAGUGUAUAUGAUUCCAAAAGACAAUCUGGGAAGACUAAGGAGACGAGCGUCAACUGGUGUCUGGCUGAUGGCUACGACCUAGAGAUCCUGGAUGGUACCAGAGGCACCGUGGAUGGGCCACGUCAUGAAUUGUCCCGGGUCUCCAAAAAGAAUAUUUUUCUUCAAUUUAAGAAGCUCUGCUCCUUCCGUGGCCGCAGGGAUCUACUGAAACUCUCCUAUGGUGAGGCCAAGAAGGCUGCCCGUGACUACGAGAUAGCUAAGAACUACUUCAAAAAAAGCCUGAAGGACAUGGGCUAUGGGAACUGGAUAAGCAAACCCCAGGAAGAAAAGAACUUUUAUCUCUGCCCGGUAUAGUAUGAUCCAGUGACUGAUGGACUGGGGGUAUUUCACAUGGGGCAAGAGGGGUAGGUUGUAGCAUUUCUCAUCACAUCGGUCAAGGGUGGUUUUUGUUUCUCUUUUUUAAUGGAACCACAACUGAUGGUACCAAGAAUUUCAGGUUCCCAUUUAUCCUGCUUUCUUUAGGAUUGCUAUGCUGGGUCUGGCCAGGACCUCUUCUCUUUUCCCAAGAGGCAGAGACCUAAGGGGAUAGAAAGGAGUUAUUUUUUCUUUCCACCCAAAGCAUAAGCAGUCACGGAGCACCUGAGGCUCAUUUCCUCUUAAGUUUUGUUUUUUUCCAUUUCCUUUCCCUUUGUGUUUGCUACACUGACCUCUUGUGGUCUUGAUUAGGUUCCAGUCAAAUCUCUAUGAAUCAUGUCAGGGACUGAUGAUUUCAUUUAUGGAUACUGUAUGCCCCUCUACUUCCCUUCCUCCCCUUCUGAGAUUCUUCUUUGUGAUCAUUAAGUUUCUCCCUGCACCCCCACCAGGGUAAACAGGUGAACAUAAAGAAUCUGGUGAAACCUUUAUAAGGACAGGAGUUUAAAACUGCAGUCAGUUAAUUACCAACUGAAGUGUGAUCAGAGUCUUGCACUUUAGCCAGCUGGGUGGUGGGGAGGAAGGUGGGGGUUUGCCAAGAGGCAGGGAAAGCUGCUACUCAGGCAGUUUAUCCCUUCCCCAGGCAGCUGGGAAGUCUAGAACCAGCCAAACUGGGCUAGGGAAGUUGCUCAAGCAGUAGCUGAGAUUCCCCCUGCAGAUGACACAGACUAUUUUCCAGGAAACACAGACAUUCCUUGGAAUACUGCCAAGCUACCAGCUUCCCCUCCUCUUAAAUCAUUCCUAAGAAUUUGCCCCAUUCAUGGAGGGCAUAAGGUCAUAGACCCCAACCAACUGGUAGGGAAAAAAUCUAGGACAAAUCCUAGAGGGCAAAUCAUCUCUGCUCAGAUAAUCAGGACUUAGCAAGAAGAGGGCAAAAUAUCAUGUUGGGUCAGAUCACUGUUCCACCCAGCAUACAAUUUCACAUGACAGUGACACCAAGGGAAGUUGACUAAACCAUGUGUAAAAUAGAUGAGUUUUUAAAAGAAUGCCAUAGAUGUUGAUUCUUAACUGCUACUGAUAACCUGUAACUGCACAUAUUUAAAAUGCAGAUGUACUUUUCCAUUUAUCCAAAUGCUUUUGUUCUGCAAGAUUGCUUCAGAAGCUGGUUUCUGGGCAGGGCACAGACCUAAGGUCUCCCUGCCUCUUAGGAAUCUUUACAGGGUUGGCAUACAACAAGGCAGUAGUCACAGGUGUAAGGGCGGAUUGUCCUCAAACUCUGUGAGGUGAAAUCUAUUGCCUACACCUCCAUGUUGACUUGUGUGGUCAGAGCUUCUGUCUUCUGUGGAGUCUGGCUCUGAGGCCAAAUCAGCCAGACAUGCUCAAGAGGACUGUGGAGGCUCUGCUACCUCCAGGACCUGGGUCUGCCUCUUUCCUGUAGAUGUGUCUUCAUCUGGGAACAUGCUGGCCACUGCCCUCAGAUGAUCUUCAAUCUUCCUCCCUCUCCCUUCAAACUGCUGACUAGUGCACCCCGUCUGGCCCACCUCUUCAACAGUAGAUACAAGUACAUCUACAUUUGUACUUUUACUCUUGUGGCUACUAUACCCUCUGUACUUUUGAGCAAAAUUUGACCAUGAUAAAAUCUACGUUUUUAAAAUAUGCUAAAGAUGUCUUUGCAGAACACCAGAGCAUCUGAAGGAACUGGUAGAGAAAUGGUGCCUGUCUUCUGAGGUGGAAGGGGCCUGCUCCCUGGCCCUGUGAGUCUGCUGAAGGCACAUUAAGUCAGUCCUGGCACCCACAUCUGGGGCAGAGAGAUCUGUGGUUCCCAGCCAUUAGAAGGAAGCUCAUCCCCUCAGUUCUUCAAGCUGAAGGGUUAGCACCUACCGAUUUACUCAGAAUGUUUGGCCCCUCGGGUGCGUCUUGGGCAUUAGAAUCUCCAGCAGAGCUCUGACUCAGGCUGCCUCUUUAACUGGGAGCACAGGAGCUCUCAAAAAAAUCAGAGCCUCCACUUGCUCCCAUCAUCUUAGCUAGCACAGAUAGUGUUUGCUUUCUGCUGUAGGAAGAGCGCGAGGCAUCCCUGAGCUCCAUGUGUCUGCUGGAAAGGAGCCCCCCGAGGCCCUGCAUCACUGCAUCCCCGCACCCCUCUGAGUCACGCAGGACAGAGGGGAAAGAGCUUCCACCCAGUGUUCACUUUUUUGUCCAAUCUUUGUUUUUAAUAAGCAGGACCCCUCCCCCCUUUCUUUUUAAUGAUUUUUGUAGUUGAUUUGUCUGAACUGUGGCUAUUGUGCAUUCUUUGAAUAAUCACUUGUAAAAACUGUCGAUGCUUGAAGCUGUUUCCUUUACUCAAGUUGAAAGGACUCUGUUGGUUUUGGGGUCUUGGUAGUGACUCCAAGAGCAGAGUGGGGAAGAGCCCAAGCAUAGACUUGGGUGCCAUGAUGGCUGCAGUCCAGUUUUAUGAUUCUGCUUUUAUGUGUCCCUUGAUAACUAUGACUAACAGUAUACAUUCCUCAUAAAUAAAAAAAAAAAAAAGAAUUGUUA